UUUUCGACCCGCUCCUGAACGCAACAGUGCUAUCAUCCAGCGUCUCAUUGGCUAGGUGUCCACUUUCGGCAGCUAGCUGUUGUUUUUGGCUGUGGUUUUAAUUGAAUCAUUUUGAUACGAACUUGUACUUGAUCUCUCUGGACGCUUGCUGCCAUGAUGGGAAGCAGGAUUUUUGUGAUUUUCUUGGUGCUUUCCGCCAAUCUGCUGUGCAGAGCCGAAGCGGGCAGGGGCAGGAGCGGCAGCAGCAACCAGAACAGCUUCAAACGAGCAGCUAACGGUAUCUACCAGACUCUGAGCAGCUUGUUCGGAGAGGAGAACAUCCGAGCUCUGUACAAGUUUUUCUCCAAAGCAACAGAGCGAUUUGUGCACGGAGUGGACUCCUUUAUGGAUACCAUUUGGAAGAUCUGGUCGGAUCUGCUUGAUGUGAUGGGUAUCGAUUCCUCCAACCUCAGCCACUAUUUCAGCCUCACGUCUCUGACCAAUUCCCCAGCACGUGCCUUGCUCCUGGGCGCCGCCUUACUGUUGGCCUACUGGUUCCUAUCCAUGUUCCUCGGAGGGUUGUUUUAUUUGCUGCACGCCAUCUUUGGCCGCUUCUUUUGGCUGGCGAGGGUGAUACUCUUCGCCCUGUCUUGCCUCUACAUUCUACAGAAGUUCGAGGGCGACCCGGAGCGCGCCGUGCUGCCGCUGUGCUUCAUCAUGGCUGUGUACUUCAUGACGGGGCCCGUGGGAGCGUACUGGCGUCGCGGAGGCGGGGCUGGCUCGCUGGAGGAGAAAAUCGACCACCUGGACACUCAGAUCAGGCUGCUCAACAUCAGGCUGAGCCGCGUCAUAGACAGCCUCGAGCACAACGGGGAGCAGUAGACUCGCAGCAGGAAGGAUAAGUGUCUAGGUUAGACCACAUGUAUUUAACUCACUUUCCUGGGGACACCUUCAGGAAAACAGCUACCAGGUAUUUACAACUCUACUGUCAGGUGGUGGGAGAACUAGAUCUGUACACAGGGUUUUUAAAAGCUUAAUGUAACGAUGACGUAAAUGGAAAAUUCCUCAAAGAUUUAGACACAUCAGCCAAACCAAACAUUUUGUUUGUUUUUGGUACAAAAAGAAAAAUUGUGAGAAUUAUUUGUACAUCUGGGAAGAAGUUAUCUGUGUGCUGUCUUUCUCUGUUCCACAUCUCAGCAACUUAUAACGAGCUAUCGAGUUAGAUUUAUUUCUGUUGUUGAAGCAGCUAUAGCGCUCAUGCUAAGUAAAUAAAUGUAUUUUAUAAUUAGAUUUUUGCCCUUUUAAAUCCCCUCACGACAAGCAAUUUGUUUUUAAACUUCUGUAAAAAAAAAAAAAAAAAAAGCUGUAAAGAUGAAUGCCUGGCUCGGAUUAAGACAUCGUUAUUUCUAAUAUGUAAAGAUGUUGUAUUGUCCACAGUGAAAUUUAUUUAUUUCAUCCAAACAUGUUGAAAUUGUUUCUUCCGAUUGGUGACCGUUCUGUGGCGUCAGGACCUCUUAUUUUUCUUGUGUGUGGGUCAGUGACCUGCUCCAUCUGUAGUUGUGCAUGUGGGGAAAACACUGUAUCUGAAGUCACCUUCAGACAUUUAAACCAUACAGCAAUAUCUCAGGGACUCGCUCAACACAUAAUGAAAUUUGAUUUCUAGUAUAGGUCACAUUUUGGUGAUGUUCAGUUCUGUUUUCGUGUGUGUUUGUUGGAAAGUUUAAUUUAUGCAUGCCGUCCACAGAAAUCCUACUUUUCAUUUAUGUAAUUAUGGUAUAAUUGUUGUGGCGAUUCAAAUCAGGAAAUGUUUUUAUCAUACACGUGCUCUGAUAUUUUGAGUCAUGAGAUACUGGCUAAUUGGUCUGAAAAAAAUCACUUUUUUUAGAAUACAGCUAAUGUUGGGGUUCAUUUAAAUAAGAGCUCCCAUCUUUAAACCUGGGCUGUCGGUCAAGGCCUGUACCAUUUCCCCAUUACUCCCAGGAAAGCCUGGUAAAACAGUCAUUUGUCUAAUUUCUUCUAAGCAGAGGGCUGUUUCUUCCUGCAUGUUGUGGUGCCGUUCACGUUGCUGACAGUUUGCCUCCUCCUCUUGGUCCAGCUCAGUCAUGUCAACACUUCUUCCUUUCCCUGUUGAAAAUUGAAAACGGCUCGGGUAACGCUUUCCUCGCCCACAUGUGAGAAAAGCGAUCCUUCAACAGAAGUCUGAGUUCUGUUGAAGGAUCACAAAAUGCAGAAACGGCAGCAGAGCUUGGUGGUUAAUUUAUCCAUCCUUUCGCCAAGUGUUUAGCUGCUAAGUGAGCUAGCUCAUUAGGCAUCUUAAGAUAGAGGGUUUAAACGCUAUUAACCGUUACUGUUUUAUAAUUUGGUAUGAGCAUACCAAACAUGAGAUAAGUUUCAAGCACAAAUAUGCAAAGUAAAAUAAACACUCACCGUUACACAUCAUGUCCAACAGUGAGCUUGUGGAAUCCAGACCAGCCUCCCGUCCACAACUCACGGGACGAUCGCUAUAAAUGGCGUCCACAAUUUCCAACCACCGCCACGGCUUUGAGCUUGACUUGCUCCGGCCAUUGUGUUCCUUAAUGUUUUUGUAGUCGCUCAUGAGUUUUCAGAUUUCUGCAACCCUUGACUAGUGAAGCCACAAACUUGAGCUUAAGGGCUACAUAAAGACAUAAAGGUUUUUUUAUGAUAUUGGCAGGUAAAUAUAUUGGAUGGGAUUAACGUUUUCUUUCUGAAUCCUACACAAGCAAACUUCUGUUUUUAUGUGUGGAUAUGAUACAAUUUUUUUUAAUUAUUUCCAUUUUCCAGUAGUUUCCCAGUCAUUUCCCAAAUUCCCAAUGAAGUUUUUGGAAUUAUUCCAAAAAGAAAAUUGCUGAAAAGUUUCCAGAAAUUUACUAGAAAUUCUCUCCCCCUUUUUCAAAAUUAGGGACAGAAUUACUUAACAUAUGGCCUCAAACAUCUGUUCAAUGUUUGGAUUUAAAAAGUUGUAAAUACACCCAUAUUGUUUUGUACCAUGAUUUGGAUAUUAUUUACUUAAGUCCUAAUUUACUAAUUCCUUCUUUUGUUGGCCACUUUUUAUCUGGAGAAAUCCCUUAGUGGGAUUUCUUUCCAACUGGUAUUCAGAUGUGAUGGUGUGACAAAACGAUUAGAAGAUCCAUAAUGUAAGGCAGGAAACAUCCCUAUCGGAAGGAAAAUAAAUUGAAGUUUGUUUAGGAAGUUAAAAUCCUAAUGUUCAUUACCUUCAUCACUACCAGCUCCUUCCUCAUGGUAGAGUGCAUUUUUACUGAAGUAUGGUCUGAAUACAGAGAUUUUGGUAGUUGGCAGUCAUGGUAAUGAAGCUAGUAAUACUAGUAGUAUUACUGUAACGGUGAUGAAGCUGACCUAGAUGUUGAAGCGAUGGACUUGCAAAACACAAAUUGACACUUAUGUUCAACUUCCUUUAGUUAUUAAGGAUUUCAUUUUUGUUAUUUAGGUUUUUGAUUUAAAUCAUCAUGGACUUAAAUCUGCAGUGCCUCACAAAAGUAAUGACAUCCCUUUGUACUUUUUUUUUAUAUUUAGGUAUUAAAAACCACAAACUUCAAUGUGUUUUUGCAAUUUGAUGUGACUGGCCAACAAAAAUAUAACAGAAAUCUGAAAAGUGUGGUGUGCAUUUAAAUUAAACCAUCCCAAGCCAAUACUUUGUAGAAGCACCUUUUGCUUAAGUUACAUCUGCAAGCCUUUCGGAGAUGAUCUCUACCAGGUUUACACAUCUAAGGACUGAAUGUUCUCCAUCCAAUCUGGCCAAGCUUAAGCCAGAGCAUCUGUAAACAGUCUUGCCACAGGUCCUCAGUUAAAUUUCGGUCUGGACUCUGAGCCAUUUUAGGAUGUGAAUCUGCUUUAAACCAUUCCAUUGUAGCUCUAGUUGCAUGUUUAAUGUCGUAUUGCUGAAAGGUGAACCUCUGUCUCUGUCUAAAGUUUUGUGCAGCCUCCAGCAAUGUUUAUUGCUCCAUUCUUUCCACCAACUCUGACCAGCUUCUCUAUCCACGCUAAAGAAGCUCCUCCCCGCAGCAUGACACUGUCACCACCAUGUUUGUAGUUGCAAUGGGACAAAGUCUGAAAAGUUCGAAGGGUAUAAAUAUUUUUGAAGACACCAUACCUUACAGAAAUCUGCAGAAAACCAGCCAGUCCUGUUUGUCAAUCUGUCAGUGGUGAUUUAGAGCAGGUCUAACUGAUCCAUGGAUGAUCAGUUUAUAUAAAGAAUCGCACUACAAGUCCAGGGUUGACCCUCCUCUUAGCAGAAGGGGUCAUAGCACAGUUCAUACAGGUACAGACCAAUGGACCAGCUUUUUCUGAUAGGUUUGCACAAUUUCAGAGAAUCAUGCAAUAACAAUAUGAUGUGGGAUAAAUCCGCAUUUCCUCACACCUUUAUCUGUCAUUAAGAUGAUUCAAAGUCCCUCUGUAAGCCUUAGUAUCUCGGACAGGGGAGACGUCAUCUGACAAACUGAAUUAAUGAAACUUGAAAUAUAACAAUCCAAACAGUCCUUUGUGAUCCCUAAUUAUAUAUAUAUAUAUUUUUACAUUUUGUGGUACCACUGGCCUUUAUUCAUUAGAAGCUUAAAAACGGCAGUGUAAUAAGGGGAAGAUAUCCAGUAAAUUGACCGGAGUCGGGAAUCGAACCUGUGACAGCUACGUUGAGGACCAUAGCCUCCAAGCCUGCUGUUUCUCUGAGCCACAUAGCUUUCUGCGGCCCUAAUUUAUAUACAAAUUUUGAUCAUUACAAAUGCAUUUCAUGUAGCUUUUUAUUAAUCCCUUUUUUGUUUGGUUUUUAGGUAUUUUAGCUUAAGCUUAGUUAUUUUCCACUUCUGGUUAAUAAAAUUGUUUACAUCUAAAUUUUGAUUUUACUUGUUUUAGCAAAACAUCCCCAACUUGCCUGGCACAGUAAAACAAAAAACUGUACAUUGUCAUGUGAGAUUUUGUUGCAUGCUGCCUUCAUCUCUAAAGAUGUCCAUUUUGCUGCCUGCGUAGUUAUUUUAGCAAAUGUCCUGAGAGAAAUUAGCCAGAAACUAAUUAUACUUUUAGAUCAGGUUGCUGUCUGAUGUGGCUUGUUUUUCUGCACUAUUUAUUUGCACUGAAGACUGGACUUUGUUGACCAAAUGAUCACUUGUUUUUUUUUUUGAAGAAGAAGAAGAAGAAGAAGACUGGAUACAAUCACUGUUUUAUCAUUCCAUAAAUCACUGCAGUGUUCCUGAAAUGAGGUUACAUAUUGAACUAUGGGAGAAACAACUACUUAUCUUCUCUUUACAUCAGGGAGCAGAUGGAGAGAUGGGCUUAUGAUCAAUCAUUGUUUACGGAUUCAUCUGUAGCCGUGAUCUAAAGACAAGGGGAAACAUGUGCUUUGUCAAGGUGUUCAAUUCAAUUAAAAAUACUUUAAUAACCCAAAAUGGAAGUUAAAUGUUUUUGUAGUUUAUAUCAUGCAGGUUGCUUCAAAGAUUGUUGUCGAUGCUGAUGGCUGUGGGGAGAAAGGAUGUCCUGUAGCGGUCUGUCUUACAAUAAAUCUGAAGUAGCCUCUGACUGAAGACAGUCUGCUGUUGUAUGAAGAAGAUGCUGAGGGUUCUCCAUAAUGUUCUCCAUUUUAUGAAGAAUAUUUCUUUGCACAAUGAUCUCUAGAGGUUCCAGAAGAGUCCCCAGAACAGAGCCAGCCUUCUUUAUUAGUUUGUUGAGCUUUUUUUAAGUUCCUGGCUCUGAUGCUGCUACACCAGCAGAUGAUGCCAGACUUAUAGAAGAUAUGCAGCAUCUUUCUGCAAACACUGAAGGACCUAAGCUUCCUCAAGAAGUAUAGUCUGCUCCGUCUUCCUAGAGAAGACUGCUAACUUGACAGCCAACUAUUGUUGAAAGAAGGUGUUACCAAAUAAACUGUGUAACAGAGCAAUUAUGUGUUUAAGUUCAAAGCUAAGCAUGUAUAAUACUGUAUUACAGCUUGAUGAGGAUUUCAAGCUCUUUCACAUCUUUAAAGCACUCAAAAGCUUGUGAGGCCUCUUGUGGAACAUCUUGGAUGAGAAUCUGUCACCAACUCUAAAUGUUCUAACAAACCACUUGCUGGUUGAUGCCAAACAGACCCCAGUGUUGGCAUCUGCCAGCAUUAGAUUCAUUGAUUUACCCAGAUGUUUUUCCUCUUGUUUAAAGCAUAUAAUUAAUGGCCUGUAAGUCAAUUAGAUUACUGUACUAUAACCUUACUGUGUCUAUUAUUUGAAAUGGUUCUAUCCGGUGCCAAUUUUUUAUUACUGUAAGAAAAUUUGAUCUUAGGCUCUUUUUUUUUUUUUCACACUGAUUGACAUUUUUUUAGACCUCUGUACUUGACUGACGUGCCUCCUGUUGUCUUUAUGUUUGAAUGUGUCUCUAUGAAAAACUGGGAACAUUGAUUUUUGAGCAAAAGUGAGAUCCAGGUCUAAAUAAACACAUAUAACUAAAAACUAA